UUUUUAGGUUGGAGUGUGUAAUCCGUCUUUUUUGACAAAAUGGUUACUCUGAUGCAUUUUCAAUUGCAAGUUUCCAAAUACAUGCAAAGUAAAGUAAGAAAAGAAAACAAUACUUUUCAAUUAAUUGUUGGCGACAUGGCACAUGUAUUAAAGUCUUCUGUCACAGUUGACUCAGCAAGAAUGAAGACAUUGAUACCAUUUUGCAUUAUGGAAUACACAAGUUGGCAGUUCCUCGCCCACUGCCACCCAAAUACAGGUAUAAGAAAUCCUUAUCUGUACGUAACAGACGAUGGAGACGAAGUGAUUAUUAUGUGUGGCAAAAGAUUAUUUUAUGAAGUUUUUUUUUUCUGACUUCGUGAUGGAACUUAUUGGAGUACACUCUUUUUGGACAUAGGAGGAGUAU